UUUUCAUUUCAAAACUCAAAUCACCCUCUCCUCCAAACCCCAAAUACCUUACCAUCUCCCUGCCCUCUACCGACGCCAUGGCGUCGGCUGGCUUUGCUGCUCCGUUCAUCGUCGGCGGCCCAGUGCUGAACAUGGUAUUCCAGGCGGCGUUCGAAGGCAACAUCCCCCUCUUGAAGAGCCUGGUGAACAUGCUGGACAGGGGCAGGGGCCGCCCCAAGGAGGCGAUUGAGGCACUGAGAGUGGAAGAUGCAGGGGAUAUCGAAGGUUUCACUGCGCUGCACGUCGCCGCCUCCGGAGGUAGGCUAGAGGUGUGCAGGUACCUCGUGGAUGAGCUGCGGGUAGAUGUGGAUUGCGUUGACAAGAGAGGUAGAACGCCUCUGUUGUUUCUUGUAAUGUGCUCCAAGGAUGUGGCCCAUUUUGCUACUGCCAAGUAUCUUCUUGAUCAUGGUGCUAAUCCAGACAAAGCCAGUUAUGAUUGGUUUUUCCCUUUACAUUAUGCUGCUGGAUCAGUUCAUGGUUUCUUCCCAGGAGAUUCUAACAUGGUGGAACUAUUGCUUACUAAAGGAGCUUAUGUUGACCCAAUAUCGCCUGUUGGGACACCACUUCAUGCUGCUGCAGCUAAAGGGCAGGAUGGUGCUAUGAAGAUUUUACUGGACCACAAUGCAGAUUACAACAAGAAGGCAAAUGGCAAGACACCUCUCAUUGCAGCUAUUGGUGCUAGGUCAAGAGAAUGUAUGGUUCUCCUGAUUAAGGCUGGUGCUGAUGCCAUGGGAGCUUUCACCUAUAUGACGGAAACUUCUGAUUUUUCAAAUUUGGUUUCAAAGGAAUUCAUGGACUGCAUACGGGAGGACGUGUCUGCCAAUGGUGCUGUUCCUGAUGAUGACGAGCCGGCAUCUACAAAGAAAAUUAGAGAGAGGGGGUUUAAGAAACUUGGGAGUUACUCUUUCAAGGAAAAGGACUAUAUUGCUGCAGAAGCAUCCUACAGUAUGGCCAUACUGUUUAAUCCUGAUGAUGCAACCUUGUUCUCAAACAGGAGCCUUUGCUGGCUUCUCAUGGGCGACGGAGGCAAGGCCUUGGCAGAUGCUAACCAAUGUAGAAAACUGCGGCCUGACUGGCCAAAGGCCUGUUACCGGCAGGGCACAGUUCUGAUGUCACUGAAGGACUACGAGGGUGCAAGCGAACGAUUCUUGGAUGGACUCAAGUUGGACCCCAUGAAUGCCGAGAUUGAGGAUGCAUUACGGGAAGCUAUGGAGUCGAUGAGGACAUCUGGGAGCACCAAAGCUAAGUGACUGUUCGGGCGUCGCAGGGAUCAGUCGAAGGCUUUUGGCAUGUAUUUCUCAUUUUGUGCGCCGACUUGUUUCGUCAACUGAGUAAUUCUGUUACCCUUUAGGAAACCAAGUACAUUUGUCCGAUGAAGUAGUAUUGUGGCAUGUUCGCAUACUAUUGAUGCUGUAAUGCCUGGUGCAGUUGAUAUAUAAUGUGUAUUUAAUCUCC